UAUUAUCGCAAAUGAGACGAAGACGUAGUAACCAAAAGCAAAUUUAAGGUGCGCAUAUUGAACGAAUCGCCAAUAAAACAAAAAUCCUACACAAACAACAACAAAUAGGGACAGCAAAAGAAAACACGUCGAUUGUUCGCGUUCAUGUUGGCUGCUGGUGCUGAUUUAUUUAUGAAUUAAUUUCUCUAUCUCGCGCGUUGAUUUCUUUCGCUCUGUUCACCACUCGCGCUCGCCAGAGUCGAACGUGUUGUUUGUGGAAUUUUUGCAGUUGAGUAGUAGUUGCUAUUUUGUCGUGGGACGAAAAAGAACGCGUUUAUUUAGUGCUGCUUUUGGUGCUAGUUGUGGAGGAAACAGAGAUAACCUUGGGCGUAUUUACAAGCUAGCGCGACGCGUGAGCAAUUAAACCCGUUCAGCGUUAGAACUCACUGUAGUUUUUAUUGUUGUAUCAAGUGGAGCUGUGCAACAGCAGCAGCGAGUGUAGGGUAUCCAUAGAAAUAACAUCUGGCGUGUGGCGUCAAGAUAAGAAGGGUCUGGUCGAAAGCAUUGUAUUGCGAAAAACGUCCACACAUUGAAAAUACAUAUAUAUUUCUGGUCUGGCUGCCAUUCGGAGCGUAGCAGCAAUAAGCUUAUUUGUCGAUAUCGCCCGCGCUUGCCGCCCGUGUGUAAAAUUGGCAGUCUCCGUCGCGUUGAGAACACCGUAACAUAAUCAAAAUACGCCUAAAAUUGGAAAGCCACCUCAACGACGAUGAUUCACGUUGGCGAAAACACUUGGAAUCUACGGAUUCUCAUCACAGAUCUAGAUGUAGAGAAAACGUUACGUGUAAAGGGUGACCAGCAUAUUGGUGGCGUCAUGCUAACGCUUGUCGAUCCAGAAAUGCCCAAGGAUUGGUCUGAUCACGCGUUAUGGUGGCCCGCCAAAAAUAUUUGGCUAACACGCACACGCUCCACAUUGGAUCAGGCUGGCGUCCAAGCCGAUUCCCUUCUCUAUUUCACGCCCAUGCACAAAACACUGCGAGUUCAGCUGCCCGAUUUGCGUUUUUUGGAUUAUCGUGUUAACUUUUCGGUGAAAACAUUCGCCGCCGUUGUUAAUCUCUGCAAAGAUCUAAAUAUUCGCUACCCGGAGGAGCUGUCCCUUUGCAAACCUGUCGAGCAGGAGCAUUUAAAGAAGAAUUUCAGCAAGCUACCGCCCAAAAGGAUACCCGCGGCGGAGAUAAACGGUACGACUUACCUACAACCGGCACCUGACACGAACAGCUUUGUUCCCUUUUCUGCCUACAAUGGCAGCAACGGUAGCCUAGAUAGACAUCACAAUGGCAACUUGUUGUGUGCCCCCGCUUCGCCAUAUGCCACAACACCGCGUCGUGCAGCUACAGCGCCGGGCACGCCCAUCAGCUCGCCCACAGGCACUUGGAUGCCGGGCAGCAAUUGCUAUACACCCUUUGACUCGUCCUCCAGCUUUGGCGACUUUCAGGAUAAUUUAGCAGUCUCCCCACGCGCACCCAGUCCUGAUGUGCGGGCACGCUUAGUGCGUCCAAAGACGCUGAUCGAGAAAGCACGUCUUAAUGUAGGAUGGCUUGACUCAUCACUCUCUAUUAUGGAGCAGGGUGUUCGGGAGUUCGAUACGCUUUUGCUGCGAUUCAAAUAUUUCACCUUUUUCGAUCUGAAUCCGAAAUACGACCAGGUGCGCAUAAAUCAACUGUACGAGCAGGCCAAAUGGUCCAUACUCAAUGAGGAGCUGGACUGCACCGAGGAAGAAACUCUGAUGUUUGCCGCAUUGCAAUUCCAAGUGAAUCAUCAGACCGAUUUGCAUCCACCGAGCAUAGAUUCGGGCAUUGAUUCGUCCAGUCAGGAGAAUGGUGACGACGACAUCGAUUCGGCCCUCAACGAGCUGCAAAUCACGCUGGAGGGUCCCAACGCUGGAGACGACAAAGGGAACAUUACACGCAUUCCCGAGCUGUCUGAUUACUUGCGUUUCCUGAAGCCACAACGCUUCACAUUGAAGGGCUAUAAACGCUACUUCUUCACCUAUCGUGACCUCCAUUUGCAUUUGUAUAAAACGCAGGAAGAAUCCCGGCGGGCAGCCCCCACCAUUACCAUAAAUUUGCGUGGUUGUGAAGUCACACCCGAUGUUAGUUUAGCACACGGCAAGUUUGCGAUUCGCCUCGAAGUGGCGCCAGAGGGUCGCCGCGGGCCCAAUACGGAAGUUUGGGUGCGUUGUGAGAACGAGGAGCAGUACGCCAAGUGGAUGGCAGCCUGCCGAUUGGCAGCCAAAGGACGCUCCCUCGCCGAUAGCUCGUACGAGACCGAAGUAAGCAGCAUACGCUCCCUGCUGCAGAUGCAGAAACCAGCCCAAGCAGCGCCUAUUAACAUCAAUCCUCGUUCAGUGGAGCCAAUGGAUUAUCUAUCCCCCAAGAUGCUGCGUAAGUUAUCCAGCAAGGCAGUGCAGCGGAUUCUGGAAGCUCACGCAAAUGUCCGUAACCUGCAGCUAAUGGAGGCAAAGCUCAAAUAUAUACAGGCUUGGCAAUCUCUACCCGGCUUUGGAGUCACACUCUUCAUCAUCAAGUUAGAUGGGCAUAAGAAGGAGGAGCUGCUCGGUGUCGCCCACAAUCGAAUUAUGCGCAUGGACCUCAACACUGGCGACCACAUCAAGACCUGGCGCUACAACACAAUGAAGGCCUGGAACGUUAAUUGGGGGAUUAAGUGCAUGAUGAUUCAGUUCAACAAUGAAAGUGUCCUUUUCUCAUGUCUGUCAGCCGAUUGCAAAGUCGUACAUGAGUUCAUUGGCGGCUACAUAUUCAUGUCUAUGCGUUCUAAAGAGAACAACCAGACCCUGAACGAGGAGAUGUUCCACAAAUUGACGGGCGGCUGGUCGUAAAUGGGGAGUUAAGACGCGAGUCGCAGGUCUUGCGUAAAGUCCACAGUCUAAUUAUAGUGCCAAGCACAAAAUGUUGUCGUAGUAACUCUGCAUGUUUUAUCUUAAUUAUAUAUGUAAUUGUUAUAAACAGUGGUGGGGGGCUUCUUUUUUGCACCCUCCCAUUUGUGAGUCGCGAAAAUGCCUAGACUAAUUAUAAUACCAACAGGAUAAUGUUGUGCCUUGAAAGCAAUUAUUUUUAACCGAUGUGUCAAGUCAAAUAAUGUCUUACUCCAAAACUAAUACGAAUUGGGUUCCAUUUACUAUAACUAAGGAGCUAUUACUGCGGUUUCCUUUUCGAGAAAAAUUGUUCAGGACGAAAAUGUUUUAAUGAAAUCGCAACACUAGUUUCGAGAUAUACAUAUGUAUGUAUGUACAAGUAUGUAUUCUUUUGUAAUAUGGAACAAGUCUUAACACACAUUUAUGAGUCGUAUACUAAAACAUGUUAAUGUUAUAUCUAUCUAUAUGUGUCAAUGUCAAUCAAUGUAUAAAAAAAACCAAGAAAAUGUA